AUGGAUGCUCACAAAAUGCUGUCGGUCAAGACGGCACAAGCAUCGAUCGGCGAGAAGCAGGGAUAUUCUAGCACCUACAACGGUGCCAGGACUGAUGGCACAAGGAAUACCCAGACCAGAGUGCGAAGAUUAUUCAGCUUCGCCCAAAUCUUCUUCUUCGCACUCAGCUAUAUGUCUUCAUGGGAGGCUAUGUCAACAAACAUUGGACUGAUAUUUUGGAAUGGCGGUCCGCGCGCCCUUGUCUGGGGUUUCUUCGUUGUCAUCCCUGGAGUGCUCUGUCAAGUCGCCUCACUUGCAGAGAUGUCAUCUGUCCAACCGAUAGCGGGUGCGCAAUAUCACUGGACACACUACCUGGCACCACCGCGAUACCGCAGAUUUAUUACCUGGAUUCAAGGCUGGAUUACAUGGUUCUCUUGGAUCUCUCUGCUGGCAGGUGUCGUCAAUAUCGCCGCCAACAUCAUUUUGACCUUGGCCGCUGCACAAUACCCCACCUAUAUAACUCAAGGCUGGCAUGUCGUUUUGACAAUGGCUGCCCUGCUUCUCGUUCAAGGCCUGUUGAACACGCACAUCUUCUGGAUUAUCCCUUGGGUCGAAUUCGCCGCUGGUCUAUUGCACAUCAUCCUCUGGAUUGUCUUCGCCUCGGUCCUCAUUACGCUCGCUCCUCGACACUCGGCGAAUUUUGUGUUCUUCAACAAGUCAAAUCUCUCCGGGUGGAAUGACGAUUAUAUCUCGUUCAACCUCGGAGUUAUCCUCGUUACCUGGGGAUUCGUCGGCUUUGACUGCGCCGUUCAUAUGUCCGAAGAAGUCCGCAGGGCCCGUCACGCCGUUCCGCGCGCCAUGUUCUGGUCCAUCUGCAUCAACAGUGUUCUUGCGUUCGCUAUGACCUUGAUCCUCCUCUUCUGCCUCGGCGAUGUCGCUGCCUUUAUGGAUUCUUCCUACCCACUCCUUGCCAUCUGCAUCGGAGCUACAGGAUCUGUGGUCGGUGGCUCGGCCAUGGUUGGUGCUAUCUUGAUCACCGUCAUUGCUGUGUCUCUUGGCUCAGUCGCCUCUGCCUCCCGCCUCACCUGGGCAUGGUCCCGCGAUGGUGCUCUCCCUGCCUACUUCUCGGUCAUUGAUUCCAGGCACCGCGUCCCUGUGCGCUCUGUCUGGCUACCAAUCUUUAUCGUCAUACUGCUCUCGCUGCUAAACCUGGCCAGUUACACCGCCUUCAGUGUCAUCAUCGCUCUCUCGACUCUUGGUCUCUACCAAUCCUAUAUCCUUGCCAUCUCAUGCAUGCUUUACGCGCGCCUGAAAGGCCGUCUCGAAGCUGGCGGAUGGUCUCUUGGCCAUUGGGGCGUUCCAAUCAACAUCUAUGCCAUGAUUUAUUCCCUCUACAUCAGCAUCUUCCUGGUGUUUCCCAACUACAUGCCUAUUGAUUCUAGCAACAUGAACUAUGCACUGCCAAUCAAUGCGGCUGUGUUCUUGUUUGCGGUCAUUUCAUGGUUUGCUUGGGCCAGGAAGAACUGGAAGGGACUGAACAAGGAAGUUGUGGAUGCUGUUGUAGCUGAUUCAAAUCGCAACACAAAGGACUAG